CUGUGCCGGGGCUUCCGUGGGCCCGGCCUCUCCCAUUUCGGGAGGAAAAAAGCAGGGGAAGCCCCCGGCGCCCGCCGCCUCCGGAGAGCCACGGAGCCCCCGGCUGUGCAGGCGCUGAAGACGCGCUCGGGCGGGGCCCCGGUGCGUCGUGCCUGCCGCCGGCCGCGUCCGGAGCAGCGGCCCGCGCCCGCCCGCUCGGCGCCCCGAGCCCCCCGCCCCGGGCCGUAGGGGCCCCACCCUGCGGGGCGUGGGCGACGGCCGGCCGGGGACGAGCGGAGCAGCCGUCGCGGGGCCUCGCCGCGGCCUCCAGCGCCCCAGCGCCGGGGAAUGCAGUGGCCCCCGGCCCCUGGCGCCUCUCCGUGUCUCAGCUGGGCCUCCUCGCUCGCCUGCUCCGCGGCCACGACGCUCCUAAGCCGCGCCGGCCGGGCCCCCCCCAUGGCGGCCAAGUGGUUCAAGGAGUUCCCCCUGAACCUGAAGACCGUGUCGGAGCGGGCCAGGCCCGGCGGCGGGGGAGGCGGCAAACUGCGCAAGAACUCGGAGGCGGGCGGCGCGGGGCCCGCCCCGGGCAAGGGCCGCAAGAACUCGGCGGCCGAGCUGGGGAGCGGCCGGGCUGGGGUCGGCCCCCCUAAGGACAGCCGGCUGUCCCGGGACAGCCUGCAGGGUCUGAUUCAGGCCGCGGCGGGAAAGGGCCGCAAGAACUCCCGCGCCACCGAGGAGGAGCCCCACCGGGGCGCGGCCAAGAGCUCCGGCUGCAGCACCUACAUCAACAGGCUCAUCAAGGUGGACGCUCAGGAGAAGAACGGGAAGAGCAGCUACCCCAGCGGCAGCAGUAGCGGCAGCAGUAGCAGCAGCAGCUCUUCCUCCGCGUCCUCUUCCCCUUCCUCCCUGGGCCCCGAACUGGACAAGGGCAAGAUUAUUAAGCAGCAGGACACGGUCAUUAUUUUAGAAGACUAUGCUGACCCUUAUGAUGCUAAACGGACGAAAGGUCAAAGGGAUGCAGAGAGAGUGGGGGAGAAUGAUGGUUACAUGGAACCCUAUGAUGCACAGCAGAUGAUAACAGAAAUCAGACGACGGGGUUCCAAGGACCCCCUGGUGAAGGCUCUGCAGCUGCUCGACAGCCCCUGUGAGCCGGGGGAGAACGGCACGAAGCCCGAGGCGCUGGCCAAGAGACGCAGCUCCAAGGAGCUGCUGGGAAAGCCGCCGCAGCUGUACGACACGCCCUACGAGCCGGCGGCCGAAGCGGGGCCGGAGCGGAAGGCGCGGCUGCCCCAGGACGGCCACGGCCGCCUGCCCCAGGACGACGAGAGGCCGGCGGCCGAGUACGAGCAGCCCUGGGAGUGGAAGAAGGAGCAGAUCGUGCGGGCGCUGUCGGUUCAGUUUGAAGGCUCUGAGCGACCUUCCAUCAAGGAGGAGACAGUGAGGCAACACCACCGACAGAAGAGCUGGACCCAGAAGAUCUUGAAGCCAGCCCUCUCUGACCACAGUGAGGGGGAAAGAGUGGACCCUGCCCUGCCGCUGGAGAAGCAGCCCUGGUAUCAUGGUGCCAUCACCCGCGCUGAGGCUGAGAGUCGACUGCAGCCCUGCAAAGAAGCUGGGUACCUGGUUCGAAACAGCGAGUCAGGGACCAGUAGGUACUCCAUUGCACUAAAGACUAGUCAAGGAUGUGUGCACAUCAUAGUGGCUCAGACCAAAGACAACAAGUACACCCUGAACCAGACGAGCGCUGUCUUUGACAGCAUCCCAGAAGUGGUACACUAUUAUUCCAAUGAGAAGCUGCCUUUCAAGGGGGCAGAACAUAUGACCUUGCUCUACCCUGUGCAUAGCAAGCUGCACUAAGGUUCAGCCACCAAAAGCCCCAGCGGGGCCUCUCACACCUAGGAGGGCAUCAGCACCCAACCAGUAUCUCAGGGGACAAGGCUGGACUGCACCAUAGUAUUUGGGAGGAAGCGGGACGCUUCAUUUAGGAGUCAAAAAGUCUUCGGCAUUGAAUCCAUUCCGUGACACUUGGUUACUGACCUGUCCCUUUUCUCCUUGCUAAAUAGUUCUGCAAUGAGAAACCGUAAUUUACCAGUUGUCUCCACUCUCUGGAGUAGGGUGUUCUAUUUGGGGCGUGAUGCUCAGGAAAGGUAAGUCAGGAGUCCAGGAGUAUUAAGAUUCUCCAAAAAUGUGCUAGUUGUUCCCUGGAAUACCGGGCAUCCAAACAAACCAACAAAAAAUGCACUUGGCUUUUACAUAAGACAACAAAAAAUGAUCAUGUGGACCCAAAGAGCGUGUAAUAUAGGACCCCUUCUUGGGGAAAAGCAUGAACAGUGGAAAAUAAGUAAAUAGUGGGCACUUUGGAAACAGUUAUAUUUCUCUCUCGAGGGUCCUAGUUCAGCUCCAGAGUCCAUAAAAAUUCACAGCUUUAGGGUCUGGCAAAAGGAUUGUUUUGUCAGUCAGCCUUCUAAGAAAGUUUGUGUUUUCUCAGUUUCUGUGGACUUUUCCAGCAAAUCAGUAAUGUAAGCAUAAAUAAGAAGGGUGAUGCCCCUGAUUUAAGAAUCACCAGUAUAAUUAAGCAUUGGCAGCAUUACCAUAAUUCUGAAUUACAGAAUUAAAUACACAAUGAAGAUUUCAUUUCUGAUUUUUAACGAAUCUGAAAAUUUUACAAAGUUCAACAACUGUUUUCUUAUUGGAUAAUUAUACAGAACUUCUGAUAUCUUUUGUUUCAUCUUUGUUCAUUUUAGUUAUUGGAAACAUUUUUUAAUUUCUAUCCCUAAAAUUGGAUUUGCUUUGUAUUUUAGAAUAAUUUAAAAAAACUAUAUAUAGAUAGGGAAUUCCCUGGCAGUCCAGUGGUUAGGACUCCACACUCUCACCACCCAGGGCCCGGGUUCAAUACCUGGUUGUGUAUUGAUCCCACAAGUCGUGCAAAAUAUAUAUAUAUAUAUAUAUACACACUCUAGGAUAUGAUUGUGUGAACUGGGUCUCUAAAACCUGCAAAGUUUCUCUCACGCCGUACAAAGCAGACUGGUUUGCACUGUAUAAAGAUAUUUUAAAAGACUGACAUUUUCUCUAACGGCUAUUGCUUAAAGAUAUUAAAAUAAUUUUCAUAGUAUCAUUAUCUUUAUGAUUUAUCAUGAACUUGUAUUGCCAAUGUACUUACUGUGAAAAAAAAAAAAAGUGGGAAUGGCAUACUGUGAGAAGGCUACAGUGAGUGGCUCUAUAAUUACAACUGAGCAGAUGUUUCUGUAUUCUGGGGUUUGUAAUUUGGUUCUCGAAACUGGUCCAGAUGCAAAUGUGCUGACUGUCAUCAAUGAAAAGUUAACUUUUGUAAGUAAUGUUAAAUACACAAAAAAAGUUGAUUCGGUUAAUUUUUAGGAAAACGUAUCCUUCUAGUUAUUAGUUAUCAUUUUACUAUUUUGAUUUAGAGAUUAGUUAAUAUUUACUUCUUUACUCGGUUAAAAUUGUAGCCAAAGAGUCGUGUGGUCUUUGUUUUUAAAAAUUUGAAAGGAACUUUUCCUCACUGGAUCUCAAAGAUUUUAUUAAUCAAAAAUGUUCUGUUUUUUAAGUACCGAUAGAAUUUUUUAAUGUAUUGUUUUAUGUACUAUAUCUUUAGUACAAGGUUUUUUUUUUUAAUUUUUAGCAUUCGUAGUUCCAGUUCCAUUCAACAAAUAUUUAUUAUCUUCCAUAUACAAAUCAUUCAUUCUGUUAAACAUAUUUUCAGUUCAACAUUCUAGAAAUGAAACCUUAUUUUUUACUUAAACUUAUUCUACAAAGGAAAUACAGCAGUUAUCCUAAUUUUAGUAAAUGCUGAAAGCUUUGUAAAAUUUUUCUUUGUGCACUAAAUGAUUUUUGGCCCAUACCCAGCCACUGUGAUGAAUGUAAUAAUGAAAUAACAUUUUGAAAGCAGACCUGAUACGUUAUUUAUUGAACUAUCAUAGGCUCAGUAUUGUGCUUUCUCUAUACUGUUUUUCUGUGACAGUCAUGCUGUUUUCUUUAUAUAAUUAAAAGUGGUGAUGUGGAGUUUAUAUAUAGUCCAGUUUCUUCACAAUUGUACAGGAGGUUGCAAUAAGAAGAAAUAUAGUAAAUUAGUAGAAGGGGGAGUAAGCUACUAUUUUCUUCUUAAGGUUGUGACACAAGCUGACAAAAGCCAGGGAACUCACAGCUGGGUAGUGGCACAGAGUACCAUAUGUUCUAAAAACAAUUAGGCUCAGCAGGGUUUCCCGAAUGGCUUCCUUGUUAAGCCUCCAGGGCCAGCUGAUCUGAAGCCCUGUGACAGGUCUCCUCUCUGAGCUCUAAAUGCUUGUGCGUUUUAUCAUUUUGUCUCGAUACAGGUAUUUUCCUGUGGUCUUCGUUCUUUUGAGUUCAUUCAGUCUCCCAGAAUAUUUUCUGAUUCUUUCUGGAGAGAAUAAUGUCUUCUAGCAAAUCUGCAUUCAUUCGCUUUGAAUUUUAGCACCCAUAGAGCUUCCUACAACUGUUCCUUCCCCUUUAUCACACCUCCUUUUUAAAAAAAAUGCUCUGCUCCAGGUUAAAAGAUGAGUUUAUUUCAUUGGCUUAUUUCAGACCUAUAAGAACAGAGGGUAAAGGAACAUUUCUAUUUACUUUGCUACCAUAGCUGUUUCUGUCAGGAUGGAUUUCAACCACUGGAGGUGGUGUAUUUAAAUAAAUAGCAAUAAGCAAACAUACUCCAAUAAAAAUUAAUUUAAAAAAUAAAUAAAUACCAUGGGGGAAAAAUAAAUAAGUAGGAAUAAAAUAAUGGAGAAAUGUUAAUAUAUGUACGAAAAGAUAAAUGCUGAUAUGCCUGCUCUGUCCUGGGGACGGAAGGGUCCUUUUCGUUAUCCAAAGUACUUCCUUAAGAGUCAUAUUUAAAAAGAGCCUUUAGUCUUAUCUGUUCAAAGUCUCCAUGCUUUGCCGAAUUGUUACUCAUUUAUUGGCCUCUGCAACGGGAUGGGGAGGUGGGCAGAUAAAUGCAUAGAGACAGCCAGAAGUUUUUGAGAUGGUGGGAAAAUAGUCCUGAUUUAUUAAUUGGGUCAUUUUACUGUCAUUAGUCUGUUAAUGGCCACUGUUAGUGAAAAAAUCUUAAUUCAGAACAACCGAGCAUUUGAGACAUGCUUCAAGUUGCUUUUUAAAUGAGAGUAGCCUUUCUCUUCUAUUAAAAUGUCCUUUUUUAGUCAAAGGUUAAUGGCUCAUUUUUCCUUCCGUCUAGGGGGGAUGUUUCAUUUCCCUUCUCUCCUCAUCCUUUUAAUACUUAGCGGAAUUUAUUUGAUACCUUUCUCACAGAUGUCUCAUUCAUUUGCCUCUUCUUUUCCAUAACCAGCACUAUUUUGGCCUUAUGAUCUCUCUAGAAUCACUCUUCUUUAUUGUUGUCUCCAAUUUUUGUACCCCAUUAACUUGCACUUGGAGAAACUUGGCCUGCAGUGAACCUUCAUUUAUCCUCCUUAAUUUCUGACACUAUAGAAAGAAAACGAUGGUGUGUUACUGCCAUCUAAUGGAGAGAAAGAAAACUGCAGUGGGAAAACAAAGCGCAUUUAGGGCAGGGUUUUCUGAAGGAUUUCUGAUACAGUCCUUAGCAAGAAAAUGAUGACACAGCAGUUGCCAUCUUGAAAUCUGCCCUUUCCUGCGGAAAGGGUGACUUGCAACCUAAUACAACCAUCGUCACGAGGCCCCUGGACUAUGGCUGGAUCAUGUCGUGGAGAAUCUGAAAUGUUAAUGAAUGUGCUGGCAACAGAUCAUGGAGACAAAGCAUCUCAUUUUGUCACGUUCUUAACCAUUCAGUUAUCCUGCCAGGGGGCCUUAACAUUUUAAUAUCAACUAAUACAUAGUUUUAAUUUUUGAGAAUAUUUGAAGAUUGUAUGUAAUACAGGUGCCUAUCUGUAGUGUUUAGUAAUUUAUAUUAUAUCGGAAAGAUUUUAUGAAAAUUUCUGGAUGUAUUGCAGUAGCCAAUAGAAGCUGCAUGCCCUCCUGAAGAUUGGUUUACUAUGAAAUGUAACUUUAAAUAAACAUUAUU